AUGGCACUGAUUGGUCACCUGAGAGAUGAGAAAUCUUUGGCCCCCUAUACCACACAAGUGCAGGCCCUUUGCGAGUGGUUCAAAAGCAGCUACUUAGAACUAAAUGUUGGAAAAACGAAAGAACUAGUUAUAGAUCAGAGGAAAGGAAAAGAAAUGUCCACUCCAUUAGUAAUCGGAAAUGAAGAGGUUGAAAGGGUGACAACAUUCAAAUAUCUUGGUACAGUAAUAGACGAUAGUUUGAAUUUCACUGAACAUGUAGGGACAGUGCAUAAGAAGGCACAACAACGGCUAUAUCUGAUUAGGAAGCUUCGUAGUUUCAAUGUAAGCGAACACAUCUUGGUAGAUGUCUAUCGUGCGCUGGUAGAAAGCGUAAUUACAUUUAAUAUUGUGUCUUGGUAUGGCCAGACAAGCGUGACAACCAAGAACAAACUGAGGCGCGUCAUAAACACAGCCAGCAGAAUCGUAGGCUCACAACAGCUAAGCCUUUCCCACCUGUACGAUUCAGCCCUUGUCCGGAAAGCAACACAAAUCAUGCUUGACCCCACCCAUCCACUCAACCCCCGCUUCGAGCCUAUGCCCUCAGGACGGAGAUUGAGAGUCCCUCUUGUGAAAAAGAACGUUUACAGGAGGUCAUUCAUCCCAUCGGCCAUCUCUGCUGUCAACAAACAAAAGACUAUAAGCGACUAG